CCACAGAUUGUUCAAGUUUCAAGAAGAAUCUGUUGUUAUGCCUAUAAACAAUAGUGUACCAAUUGAAUAGUAAAUUUUAUAUUGAUUGAUAUCAUGCUCAAUAAUUUUGUAGAUUUCAAACAGCUAUGGAGCGUUACUUUGCAAAGAAAGCAAAGACUACCCCAGUUCCUAAUCCUGUAGUUCCUGAAAAUAACGGAGCUUCCAAUAUCCAUCCAGAACCACACGAGUCUCCCUCUGCAGCUACAAAUCAGAAAGUUGAUCUCAAUUCCUUGCAAGCUGAUCCAGGGUUAAGACUACCGAUAACCUCCUUCCAUCCUAAUGUUCAUGAUGAGAUUAGAAGAGCUUAUCUUCAAAAAGGACCAUGUCAACCUCGAUUGCAUCAAUUUCCCUUUAGAGAUAUUGGUGGAAGGAAACGGAGAUUUAAUCCUUCUUGGUAUGAUAAGUACUCGUGGAUAGAGUACAGUGUUGCCAAAGAUGCUGUAUAUUGUUUGCCUUGCUACUUAUUUAGAAGUGAGAUCAGCAACAAGGGUGGAAGUGAUGCUUUUGUUUGGGAAGGUUUCAAUAGUUGGAAUAAGAAUAUUGGGAGGUUAGAUACUCAUGUUGGUGGUCCCAAUAGUCCACACAAUAUAGCUUCAAGAAAUUGUGAGGCUCUGAUGAAACAGUCACAAAGUAUCCAAGUUGCCCUCUACAAACAGUCGAAUCAAGCCAAGAAAGAUUACAGGAUUUGUUUGGAGGCUACAGUCGACUGCAUCAUAUUUCUUAUACGCAAUGGAUUGGCACUUCGUGGGCAUGAUGAAUCAGAUUCUUCAAGAAACAGAGGUAACUUUCUUGAACUUCUAGAUUUUCAUGCUCGAGGUAGAGAAGCUGUACAGAGAGUUGUGUUGGGAAAUGCUCCUAAAAAUCUCCAAAUGACCUCUCCAGACAUACAUAAAGAUAUUGUUCAUGCAAUAGCAUCUCAAACAACCAAGAAAAUCUUGAAGGAUAUUGGGGAUGAUUUUUUUGCUAUUCUGGUGGAUGAGUCUCGUGAUGUGUCUAUUAAAGAACAAAUGGCCAUUGUUUUGCGCUAUGUAGAUGGGCAAGGAUGUGUUGUAGAGAGAUUUCUUGGUGUGUCUCAUGUUUCAGACACUAGAGCAGUCACACUGAAGAAGGAAAUUGAGUCAAUGCUUAUAAGACAUGGAUUGAGCUUGACAAGAAUUAGGGGGCAGGGUUAUGAUGGAGCUAGCAAUAUGAAGGGGGAAAUUAAUGGACUCAAAACAUUGAUUUUGGAAGAAAAUUCAUCUGCAUACUAUGUUCAUUGUUUUGCCCAUCAGCUUCAGUUGACACUUGUUGCUGUUGCCAAAAAUCAUGGGGAUGUUAGUUGUUUCUUUACUACUGUUGGUAACUUGCUCAAUUUGGUUGGUGGGUCUUGUAAAAGAAAGGAUACUAUUCGGGAGAGCCAUGCUGUCAAAGUUGCUGAUUCUUUGGCUCGUGGUGAAGCAGAGAGUGGUCGGGGUUUAAAUCAAGAGAUCGGGCUGAAAAGACCAGGUGAUACUCGUUGGGGAUCACAUUAUGGUACUCUUGUUAAUUUGACUUUGAUGUUCACAGCUGUGAUUGAUGGUUUGGAGGUCAUUCGGAAUGAGGGAACUUCUGAAGCAAAAGGUGAAGCCGUUGCUAUGUUAACUUUAAUUCAGACCUUUGAAUUUGCUUUCAUCUUGAGAAUGAUGACUAAAGUUCUAGCAAUCACAAAUGAGUUGUCUUUGGCAUUGCAAAGGAAAGAUCAAGAUAUUGUCAAUGCAAUGACACUUGUUCGUACUGCAAAGAGUAGAUUGCAAGACAUGAGGGAUAAAGGAUGGGAUCCACUUCUGAAUGAAGUGUUGUCUUUCUACAACAAAGAAUGUCUGCCUAUUUCUGAUAUGAAUGAUACUUAUGUUCCUCUAGGAAGAUCAAGGAGGAAUGCUCAACGAAUCACAAAUUUGCAUAAUUUUCAGGUUGAGUUAUUUUACACAGUGGUGGAUAUGCAGCUGCAAGAGCUUAAUAGUCGUUUUGAUGAGGUGAACACUGAACUCUUAUGUUGUGUGGCUUGCUUGACUCCUGAUAAUUCAUUUAGUGCUUUUAAGAAGCAGAUGUUGUUGAAGCUUGCCACGUUUUAUCCUAGAGACUUCUCAGAUGUGGAUAUCUCAUGCCUAGAUGAUCAGCUCGAUACAUAUAUUUAUGAUAUGAUGUCAAAUGAAGAUUUUAGAGAAUUGAAAGGAAUUGCAGACCUUUCUAAGAAGAUGGUGAAGACAAAUAAGCAUCGAUCAUAUCCUUUGGUGUAUAUGCUUGUAAAGCUAGCUCUAAUCUUACCUGUUGCAACUUCAAGUGUGGAGAGAGCUUUUUCUGCAAUGAGCUACAUCAAGAACAAGCUGAGGAAUCGGAUAGGCGAUGCUUGGAUGAAUGACUGCUUAGUUGGGUACAUUGAGAGAGACAUACUGGAUGGUUUAGAUAAGGAAUCUAUUUUAGAGUACUUUCAGAAUAUGAAAACCCGUCGUGGUUCAUUGUAGACUUGGCUAGACCUUUCUUCUCUUUGUUUCUUUUGGUGAACAUGUUCUUUUAGAUACAAUUGGACGGAUGCUUUUAUUAUUGGACAAAUGCUUUUGUUUGACAAUCAGAUCAUUUGAUGAAUAAUUUAUUGUGGUUUUUUUAUAAAUUUUUUGGACCCCACUAUUACAUUUUGCUGGCUACGCCAAUGGAUGCGGGGAUACUUGAUCUUAUAUUUUUUUCAUAUGUCACACUAUUUUUUCAUUAGUUUCUACUUUUAUCUUCGUAUCAACAUUUUAACUUAACAGGCCCAAAGAAGUAACUAAACAUGUUUAUAUUUUCGAUUGUUGACUUUUAUGAUUUCUCAAAAUAACAUGUAUAUGGUUUUCAUUCUGUGAUUGUGUCAUCUUUCUUUAAAAAUAUUAAAGGGAUUUGGAAAACCAACCCCCUCCACAUAAGCCUAAAUGGCUUCUCCAGGUGUUUCGGUUAUCACCAUAUUUUUUAUUAUUUAAAUAUUCCUCAACGGUUUCCGGAUAUUUUUUAUUAAAAAACUUUCUAUUUUCGUUCCUUAAUGACCUCCCCUGAAAAAUGAGAAUCCUUCUAACAUAUUUCAAAAAAAAAAAAAAACAACAGAAUCCUUUAACAUAGGCUUCUUUUUUCCGUUUCCUUUGGUUAUGGGGAGUCAUGAGAGAGGCAACAUAGAUUAUAGGAUAAUUGUUUACUAUUAUUUGUGAUAAUUAUUUUUCCUUAAUAAUAAUUAUUUACCCACCCAAUAACAAUAUUUUAGUAUAUCUCAUAAUAUUUUUUUAAUAGAUACGCAAAACAUAUCUAUAAAAAUAAUUAAAAUUUUGAGUAUUUGGUUAUCUUCACGCCAAACUUAUACAAAAGUGUAUCCAAAAAACCAAAAAAUCCUUCCAUUCUCUCUAGAUUUUCUCUCAUGACCAUCAUUUUGCCAUCAUCUGACAACUUUACCUUAGUGUUAUCAACAUAUAGAGACUAAAUCUAAACUCCCUCGAGAUUUCUUAUAUGAUAUAUUAGACAGAGCUUCACUCUGUCAUUGGCGGUCAUUAAAUAACCCUAACUCUAGAAUGAAGAAUCGGGUCUCAUAUGCAAUUCUUCGCGAUUGACCCUACUUUACGCUUCAAAGAAACAUGACAUGCCCACAUGACAUCCCUUUUUGGUGUUUAUGGGCGUUAAAUUUUGAUAUCUGAUUUGUUGGAAGGGAGUAAAAAAAUUUGAGAAUUCUA